AUACUCAUACUGAUAGGGCUGGUAUUUAUAGACAUUAAAGUUUGCGGUCACACUGUGUGACAAACAAACUCAAACCUUUCGAUUGUUAUGGAAAAAACAAAUCCCAAUAACAUGGAGGACAACGCGGAUAUGACACCAGAUGCAGAAUCAUUCAAUGGAUACGGUUUCAAUAACUACACAGCUGCUGAAGCAUUCAUACAAGGACUAGCUGGCAUGGUCAACCAGGGCGACGUUGAGACAAUGAUUCGAGCACAAAAACAAAUGUUGCAACGCUUUGAGAAAACCAAUGAAAUGCUACUAAAUUGCAAUGCAUUGUCGCAGAGCCGUUUAAAGAGUGCUAGCGAGGAUUUCAAGCGGCAUGUUAAGCUAUUGAGUGAAAUGAAAAAAGAUCUGGAUUAUAUCUUUCGUAAAGUUCGCAUCAUUAAACAGAAAUUGCAGCAGCAAUAUCCUGCCAUAUAUGCCGAAGUGCAACCACAACGCAGCAGCCUUGCCGAAGAAGCAGAAGAUGAAACUGAAACCGCUGCAGCAGCCUCGCAGAAUGUGGAGCCAAGCAAAGUGAAAGCAGCUGCUGAUCCUGCUGCUCCCAAGAAGAGCGACGCCACUAUUGAGUAUGUGCAGAUGCAGGAGGCCAUCGAGAAUGGCACUGUCGAGGUGGAGAAUGAGCUGAUCAAGCGUGUGUGCUCCGUGGAGACGGCGAAUCCCAAUGACUCCUCCGACUGCACGUCAGAGGACACUGGUUGAGGCCAAUAUCAGUAUAUGGACUCGUUACCCAAGGACUAGAAGGUAGAUGCAGGCAACUUUUGAUUCGAUAAAAAGCAAGCGUUACAUGUGCAUCCGUCUACCUAUCUGACCAUCUGCGUUAGCACCUAGAUCUCAUAGUAUUCCACAGUCGAGCACACUCGACUAAUUCCCUUGUUUUAGAGAUAACAAUACUGUAAAUAUUACAUAUAUAUUUAUUAACUAGUAAAUUAUGUGCUAAU